CACCUCUCCACAUCAACCUCGUCAAUUUUGAUACCCCAUUUCAAUUCGGAGACAUUGUGUGCUCCGUGAAAUACUCAGGAUGAGGUUUUUCACCGCCACAGUGCUUGGGCUGCUUGUGCCCAGCCUGGCUGCCGCCUCGAGCUUUACAGCUCCAACUCAACUCGCUGUCCCGGCCGACUUCAAGCCCCCGCAGGUCUUCAAGAACGUGAAUUUGGUUCGGAACACCAAUUUGGAAAAAGGAUACGUCCGGGAGACUAUCAAUGUUGUGGUAGAGAAUGUCGACAAGCAGCCGCAGAGCGACUACUAUAUUCCCUUCCCUUCGGAUGUUUUUGGCCGCGUUGGAGGCUUCGAAGUUCGGGAUAAGAAGGCAACUGAGAAUGGUCGCUUCGAGGUGGAGGUUACUGAGCCUGUUGUCUCUACUGGUAACCAGUACUUCGUUGUUCAUCUCGCUGAGCCUCUCGCCCCGAAAGCUCAGAUCACCCUUGGAAUCUCCUACUCCGUCCUUUCCGCGCUGAGCCCACGUCCUGCGACUAUUGGACAAAGCGACAAGCAGUACCUUACCUACUCUUUCUCCGCCUACGUGCCUUCUGCCUACCAGACCGUCACCCAGAAGACCAAGCUCAAGUUCCCAAGCACUGACGUGCCCGACUACACCGAGACCUCUGGACUCAAGUCUGGUGCUGAUCCGGAGCGCAAGGGCGCCACCUAUACCUAUGGACCAUACGAGACGGCCAAGGUGGCUCCGGGCACUGAGCAGCCUAUCACUGUGCGCUACCAGUUCACCAACCCUGUGAUCAGUAUUAGUCUGCUGGAGCGUGAUCUGGAGGUCUCCCACUGGGGUGGCAACCUGGCUACUGAGGAGCGGUACUGGCUACGCAACAACGCCUCGCAGCUGACCAACCAGUUCUCGCGCGUUGAGUGGACCUUCGCUAGCUACCAGAAGGCGCCAUCCUCUGCUGUCCGUGAAAUUACCUACCCUCUGCAGCCCGGCUCUGUGGAUCCGUACUUCAUCGAUGACAUUGGUAACGUCUCGACUAGCCGCUACCGCCCCGGCAACGGCAAGACCGCCGCCAACCUGGAGUUGAAGCCUCGCUACCCGAUCUUUGGCGGCUGGAACUACAGCUUCAAGGUGGGCUGGAACAACGACCUUUCUGGAUUCUUGCGCAGGGCUACUGGUGUGGACUCCUAUGUCCUCAAGGUUCCCUUCCUGCAGGGUCCCAAGAUGUCCGAGGGUGUUCAGUAUGAGCACGUUGUUCUCCGCGUUGUUCUCCCCGAGGGUGCCCACAACGUCCGUUUCGAGACUGUUGAGGGCGCCAAUAGCAAUGGCCUUCCUGGUAUGAGCCAGGUUAAUGCCAGCCUUUCCACUUUCAAGACUUACAUGGACACUCUUGGCCGGACUACAUUGACCCUGGAGGUUGAUAGUCUGACCGACGAGGCGCGUGACGCGCAGCUGGUGGUGACCUAUGACCACACCCUUAUGGAUGCCUUCCGCAAGCCUCUCACCAUUUUCGGCGGUCUGCUUGCUUUCUUUGUUGCUAUUUGGUUCCUUGGCAGCAUCGAUACCAGCAUUAAGAAGCGUUAAAUGCGCGUCUUGGAAGAAGCAUGUUUCAUAUUGUCUUUUUAUUGAACCUGUCCCAGUCUUUAUAUUCAAGUCCGAGGACUGAAGCACCAAAUACAACAUUAAGUUCUUUCUGAG